AUGGCAAUAUGUAUAGCUAACGCAUAUGUGAUGAAGUCAAUGACAAACUUUGAUUUUGACCCAGCUGAAAUGGCUAAAUUUGUUGACGAUUAUGCCAGAGACAACCCAGAAGCCUUUGCUGAGUUUUCUAAAGAAAUGGAAUAUAAUAUGAAGAAUUGUGAAAAUCGUGAAGAAGAAAUUUGUAAAUUACCAAAAGAAGAUACAGUAUGGUUGAUUGUAGAACAACCCACAAUGCUGCUUGUACAGGAUCAGUGUACUGUUCUAAAAGACUGUCAAACUCGUGAUUGGAAGAGGACAGAUGAGUUUAAAGAACAUGGACAUAAAAAAUGGUGUAAAUUGAUCAAAUCCUACAUAGCCAAAACAGAUGAACUUUCAACAUUUCCUUUUACAUUCACUAAAGAUAACAUAUUAUUUUCUAAAGUAAUCAAAGAUGUAUGUGAUAAGUUUUCAUCAUUUAAAGGUCAAAUUGAAAUAGACGGAGAGAGAAGUGAGGCUGGAAAACACAAACAAUAUAUGAAACUUAUCGGUUUCAAUUUGGUAGAGGAACUGAAUAAAAUUUUGAUGUCGAGAAGAGAUAUUGAAGGCUAA